UGAAGGGAUGCAGAGCAUAUACCUCAUCCCCUGCAAUGACAAUGCGAGUACAAAUCAAUAAUUCAGUGUUUCAACCCUAAGUUUAAAUUCAAAGCAGGCAAAAACGCGGGAAAAAAAUGAGUCAAAUCGUCGGGCUUCAGGAUGCCUCCUAAGAGAGAAUCACGGAACGAAGAUGCUCACCUAGAACAACAUUGACCCCAAGAAGGUACCUCCGUAUGAGCCAGGCAACACCUUCCACCUGGUGAGGCUUCAAGGUCGCUUCAACCCCGAUUUCUCGAGGUUCUACGGUAGACUCGGCGGCGGCGGCGGCGGCGGUAUCUUGCUCGUCGGAGUUGAGAAUGAUCUUCGCCGCCGUUAGUAAUCGCUGCUCGUAUUCCAUCAUCUUCUCCGGAGCUGCUUUUCCUUCUGCGAGACUCUGUCACUGUGAUUGAGGCGGGAGGAGGUGGACAAAAAAUGGGGAAAGGCGGUUAAAGAAAUGAAUGAAAGGACUGAUUUGUCAAAAACUAUACAGUACGAGGAUUCGUCUAUUCUAAAACAUUAGUACAGGGACCAGAGAUGAAAAAAUAACCGCUGCAGAAUUAUAAACGGCAGCAGAAUGUGACGUUUCCGUGAUCUAACGGAAAUCCAGUCGGUCGGCCCAAAAAAUUAAUUAAAUGGAAAAAGAAAAUUAUAAGACCCCUGAGAGAAUAACGACAGCAAUAACCUCUCUCUUACACCAUCGUCGUCUUCUACCAAUCUCCGGCAGCAAUAAUGACUUCGGUAUCGGCUGGGGAUCUUUUAGUCGAGCAAUCAGAACCUGAUGUCCCUCCAGGGAUGACGGAGGCGGCGACAGCGGAGGCGGAGCAAGGGAUUGAAGCUGGAGCAGAAGCGCAGCAGGGCGAGGUCGCGGCGGCGCAACCACAAGCACUAGCUGAGGAGAAGUGGCCGGGAUGGCCAGGGCAUAACGUGUUCAGACUGAUAGUUCCGGUACUGAAAGUAGGUAGCAUUAUCGGAAGAAAGGGCGAGCUGAUUAAGAAGAUGUGCGAGGAAACACGAGCACGAGUCCGCAUCCUCGAAGGCCCUCUAAGUACUCCCGAUCGAAUCGUUUUGAUAACUGGAAAAGAAGAACCAGCAGCACCACUAUCACCUGCAAUGGAUGCGGUGUUAAGAGUAUGCAAACGUGUCAAUGGUCCAUCUUCUGGUGAAGGUGACAACACAAAUGCUGCAGCUGCUGGUGCUGCAAUUUGUUCCAUUAAGUUAUUAGUUGCAAGCUCACAAGCAAUUAAUUUAAUUGGAAAGCAGGGAUCCAUAAUCAGAUCGAUACAGGAGAGUAGUGGUGCAGCUGUAAGGGUGUUAGCAGAAGAUCAAUCGCCAUCAUAUGCUGCUUCAGAAGAGCGACUUGUUGAGAUACACGGUGAAACACUGAAGGUACUUAGUGCUCUAGAAGCAGUAAUUGGACAACUGAGGAAGUUCUUGGUUGACCAGAGCGUCAUUCCCAUAUUUGAGAAAAUUGUAAGUUGUAAUGUUACACAGGAGCGCUCUGCUGAUUGCAAGCCUGAUAGGGUACAGCCCUCAAUGCAGCAGACUGUUUCUGCUUCUCAGGCAAGGAGUAUCAGUUCUGAAUAUUCCCUGUCUAUAAAGCGGGAUCCUUUACUAUUUGAGCGCGAGGCACACAUUGAACAACAAAAAGUUCUACAGCCUGGGCGCUCUCUCUAUGGACAAGAACAUGCACUUGGAUUGCGUUCAACGGGUCUUGGCCACGCUAAUGUACCCAUAGUCACUCAGGUGACACAAACUAUGCAAGUGCCCCUCUCAUAUGCAGGGGAUAUAAUUGGAGUUAAUGGGACGAACAUAGCCUACAUUCGCCGUGUCAGCGGAGCAGUUCUCACAAUUCAAGAGAGUAGAGGUUAUCCUGAUGAGAUAGUCGUGGAACUCAAGGGCAGUACUUCCCAGGUCGAGAGGGCUCAACAGCUAAUUCAGGAGUUUGUAGGUAAUCACAAGGAUCCGGUGGUGGCACCGCCGAGUUCGUACGGGAAGAUUGAUGCAGGAUACAGUUCCUACUCACAACAGUUGUCAGAGACCAACUAUUCAUCUUCGUACUCUCCUAGACUAGGUGGAGAAGGAGCUUAUGGCUCCCAUGGUUUAGGAUUAGGAGGCUAUAGCGGUUACAGAUAUUGAACAAUACCGUGUUGUAAUGUAAUCAAAUCUAAGGUGGUCUGCUGGUUUUUAUCCUUUAUAUUCGAGAACCAGGAUAGAAUGCGAAAUGAGAAUCAAAAUUGGUAGAUUUAAUGUUUAGUUUGCUACAGAAAAACAAAAUUGAUAGACACAUCAAUGUCCAUAAACCAAUUCAAACUAUGCGAUGCAAGGCAAACCAGCCCCAAAUCCUAUCUGAUAACACUAACACGAAAGAUCUAGCUCCAACUAGCUUGAAUUUCAGAACAGCUUACUCUAAAAAAAUCAACUAGAGCAUGCAAUCCGUCUAUACACGGCCUGGAACGUCUGUCCCCCAUUCCUAGCAACUUUCUGCCCUUCUUCCGUCGCAGUACUCAAGAGCUUGACAACAGGAUCCGCUUCAAGUUCUUCAUGUGUCAGGGACUCAAACAUGGGGUGCUGCUCCAAACAAGCCUUCAUCCACUCCCCGAGCUCUUCCACAUCAGUGAUGGUGUAUACGAUCCCACCAACCUGGAGCACAUAUGCGUACUCGUCCAACAAGUGCGGGCUGAUCACUCGCCUCCGGUGAUUCUUCUCCUUGAAGUGGGGAUCGGGGAAAAGGAAGAACAUCUUCGACAGCUGACCUUUCUCAAAGUAAUUAGGGAUGUACUUCAUCGAAUUCGUCCUAAAAACCGAGACAUUUCGGUACUGUCCAGGAUUCGUUACCCUCAACGCCAAGAUUCGUUCUUUGACAUACUCUGUCACCUUAUCUCUGAGCUCCAUCCCAACCAUCAAAGUUUCAGGGAAAAGGGUGGCCAGACUGAUCAGCAAACCUCCAAAGCCACAACCAACAUCUGCAAACUGAAUUCUUUUGGAACUACUGUCAACUUGAUCGGACGAAGGAAAGAGUUCCGGGAAGUGGGCAGUGUAGUCGACAUGACGAGGAGAGACCGGGACAGGGAAAUGCGAAUCACUUAACGGGUUGCUGUGUGCUCUUGCUCGAUAGAAGCGUUUCCUAGGAAGGCCAGUCGACUUGCUGAAAGUUGGGUUUGCCUCACUUUCCGGCAUUGCUUCCUUAUCUGAAAAUUGCCAGAGAAGAAAACAUCAGGGCAAUAGCAGCAGAAACAGCAGUUACAAACGAACUAACUACAGAUACCAUCCUAAUUUUAGUCUGUUAAGAAAUUCUGAUCACCAAUUCCAUCAAGAAGACGAGAUCAUUUUCUCCACAAGACUUAAGCUAAUAUCUAACAGUCCUAU